CUUCCCAAACUACACAGUUAGCUUCAUCGAGACGCUGUGUAGUCACGCGUUUUCUACGACGUAUCCUCGAAGCUCGCUCUGUUUUUUGCUAUCAUGCAUCCUGUGAACCUGUAACUUAAGAAUGGGAUCUGGUAGCUCAAAAUGGCGGGCAAAGCGAGGUGCCGCGGAAGCUUCGUCGACCGCGGCAGCCUCAGCGACCGCAAAAGCACCAGCUGCAGUGCAGCAGAAUGGGAGCAGCAGCAAGCCACCGGCUGGCGUCUCCACGCCCCCGGUUGUGGAACCAUCUUCGCGUGUAUCGACAGCGAGCUCGGGUCCAGAGAAUGAACCCGAGCACAAAGGCGCGGAGCCCCCCCUGAACGAAGAGGACCGCAUGGAUUACCUUUGCAAGCUAGGCGUCCUCGAUACGGAGCCGGAGAAGCGCUUCGACGACAUCACGCGGCUGUGCUGCCUCGUGUUCAAGUGCCCCAUUGCGCUGGUGUCGCUGGUCGACAAGGACCGGCAGUGGUUCAAGUCUGUGCAGGGGCUGCCCGUGCGCCAGACAGACCGCAAGUCGUCCUUCUGCGCAUGGACGCUGCUUCCGGAGCACCCCGAGGUGCUGGUGGUGGAGAACGCGCUGGAGGACAUCCGCUUCCGCAACAACCCGCUGGUGCUGGGCUCGCCGCACAUCCGCUUCUACGCCGGCUGCCCGCUGGUGGCCACCAACGGGUUGCGUCUGGGAUCGCUGUGCAUCAUCGACAACAAGCCGCGACAGUUCGACGCCGAGAGCUGCAACAUGCUGGCCAACAUGGCGGAGAUGGUGGUGCGCGAGAUUGAGAAGGACAAGCUGAUCGAGGCUCAGAAGAUCAAGAGCGAGAUGCUGUACCGCGAGAACAACCAGCUCAUCCGGGCGCUGGACUGCUUCAACGAGGGCAUCAUGCUGGUAAACAUGUCGCUGCCCGCCUGGCCCAUCCUGUUUGUGAACGAGGCCUGGGAGAAGGCCACCGGCGUGGCGCGAGACGCGCUCACAGGCGAUGCCUUCUGGUCCUCCUUCGCGACCGGCGACGUGUCUCCCGAGGCCAGCCGCGUCAAGUUCCAGUCGGCCAUCGACGCCCAGGACGCCUUUAGCAUUCGCGUCUUCGUGCAGCCCGCCAAGCCGGACUCGCAGCAGGGGCAGGGGCAGGGGCAGCAGCGGGUUGGCAGCAGCAGCGACAGCGGCGCACGGCGCUGCCUGAGCCUACAGUUCCGGUGCGCGCACAACUCCACCAUGGACAGCUACAUGCCGUUGGUGGGCAUUCCCUCCAUCCUGUCCGCGGCCCCAGUGGCCGGCGGCCCCAUGUACUACUUCGUGACCCUCGUGGCGGAGGGAGGCGCCAGCGGCACUACAGGCGACUCGGCGUCGCUGUCGCAGCGCGGCUCCGCCUUCACAAUUAUCAACACCAAGAUUGACCCCUUCGAUGAUGUCAAGCUGGGGCCGCUGCUGGGCAAGGGCAGCUACGGGCGAGUGUACCGAGGCGUGUGGAACGGCGCCCAGGUUGCGGUGAAGGUGCUAGAGACCAUAGCCGGCGAGGGCGGAGACGGAGACGGAGGCGGCGGCAGUGGCCUGGGCGGCGGCACAGGCGGAGGGGCUGGUGGCGAGGAGGAGGUGCUGGAGGCUGUGCUGAGCCACACAAUCAGCCACCCCAACAUUGUGCAGACCUACAAGCACUGCACUCGGCGCAGUGGCACCACCGCCACGGACGCCGACAACGAGGGGCGGCCGCUGCUGGAGACAUGGAUGAUCAUGGAGUUCUGCAACAAGGGCGGGCUCACGGACGCAAUCGAGCGCGGCUGGUUCCGCAAACGGCAUAGCCUGUUCGAGGUGGACUACCGGGCGCUGGUGCUGACGGCGCGCGAGGUGGCGGCUGCCAUGACCUACCUGCACUCGCGCAACAUCCUGCACGGCGACCUCACAGGCACCAACGUGCUGCUGACCGCCAGCGACCGCGACGACCGACACUUCGUGGCCAAGGUGGCGGACUUUGGGCUCAGCCGCGUGCUGCAGGGCGAGUCCGUCACCACGCGCAGCUACGGCACCAUCACACACAUGGCACAGGAGCUGCUGGUGGACGGGCUGCUAUCCAAGGCCGCGGACGUGUACUCGUUCGGAGUCAUUGUGUGGGAGAUGUACACGGGCCAGCGGCCCUUCGGCGGCCUGACGCACGGCCAGAUCCUGCACGUCGUCAGCACCGGCAAGCAGCUGCCCCUGGGGCCCACCUGCCCGCAGCCCAUGCGCGAGUUCCUGUCCCAAUGCCUGGCGCCCAAGCCCGAGGCGCGGCCCACCUUCACGGAGAUCAUCCCCAUGCUAGAGGAGCUGGAGCAGGAGCUGUGCUGAGAGCCGUGCUCUGCUGCAUGCUGUGAGCCAUGCCGUGCUGUGCUGGAGCUGUGAGCAAACAGGCGCGUGCUGGGCUGAAGCUGGAGGCACGUGCUGAGCUGAGCUGUGCUGAGCUGAGCUGAGCGGGUGGACGUAAGAGAAGGGGUACAGGUGAUGUGGGAGCUGGUGCAAGUACUGUUGCUGUGGUGACAAGGAUGUGGUGGAUGGGAGAGAAGCGCUGUAGCGGUUGGGCUGCGCGGUUUCAUGGAUGGCGGUAAAGUGAUGGGCAGCUUGUGAGGAAACGGUGGGGUUGCGGGCCCAUGCCAUUGAUUCCACGGGGUGUGUGGGUACAAAGCUCGGAGGAUUUGGUGAUUGCUAAACGUAAUAAUAUGUCAACGUGAACAGGGUUGAACUCAAGGGCGGGUCACGAGUGGACCAUGAGGGGGUGGAAGGGGCGUGGCAUGGCGUAUGGUACGGUGUGUGUGUGUGUGUCCCGCCGUCAUGACGCAGAGCUCCCUGCAGAGGACCUGCUUUGAUUGUUGGCAGCCCCUCGUGCAGCGGUGGCAGCGGACCGGUGGCGGCGGCGGGGGGUGUUGAUGUGGUGUUGCACACAGCGUGGUGUGUGUGCACUGCUGCUUAGUGCGACACGUCAGGCCAAAGGUGGGUCUCACGACGGCAGUCACGGGGCUGAGAUGAGAUGGCGCACCGUGGACGAUUUAUAUACCGGUAUGCGGUAGCACAGUUUACGCCAAUAGUAGUUUUACUGAACAAUGGAAGCCGGUGGACCCAAGGGUGGACCAUGUGGAACACAGUCAGCAGUGGGGGGGAGCAGUGCGACCCUAUUGCUAGAGCAGGGGGCGUGGCUUCCACCACUCCUAAUGAGAAACCAGAGGCUCAAAGAGGCACAACAGGGGGUUAAGAGCAAGGGGGUGAGGGAGGUUUGUGAUGAGAAGUACCGGUGAUGCAGGAGGUGAGGAGGUUUUGCGAUUUCGGGCCUGGCAGCACCUCGAGGAAUCAGGCAUGUGCAAUCUUAGGCAUUCCUGCGGUGAUUGUUUAGACGUUGCCGUGGUGCUGCAUCCGGACCUGGAGAAUGGUGCAUGGACGCAUGGUGCAUGCGCGUGUGUAGAGAUGGCUACAGCUGGCUUCAGACUGGAAGAUCCUCUCGUCUGGUGAUUCCUCUGAUUUGGGAUCUCCUCCAACCUAGCAUGGUGCAGGGGUGCAUUCGGUGUUGCUGACGGGGCCAGGUGGAUGGGGCCUGCUGGGGUGCGGCUUGUGUGGCUGCAGAGGUUGUGCGCCAGCUGCCGGCUGUCACUGUCACAGUCAGUGCCAGCCGCAUGUAGGCGUGCGGGUGGUGCGGGUGGCUCACAGCAGCAGGCACUAUCAGUGCAAGACAGAAGCGUCUUCAACUCCUUCCUGUGACACGCCA